GGUCAACCUGCCUGCAACUGGACGCAAGUUGUGCACUCCCUGAAUGGUCAAGGGCGCCGUUUGAGCCCUCUCAGGAUAUGGCCCCCUUCACACCCGUGCCUUGCCAAGGUCACAUAUUCAUGUGUCCCAUAGUUCUGGAUGUUCCUCUCUGCUCUUGCAUGGCCUUCAUGGUGGCUGGGAAUGCCGUGCCCAUUACCGUCUUGUAACAUCUUGUAUCUUGAGCCAUCCCUCCUAUUUAUUCUGCCUAUGUCGUCCCCACCCAACCCUUCGCUCCUGACUGGUCUUUUCAUUUUCCAGUCCUCAAGGACGCCCACACACUCGCUCGUUCCUUUGCCAUUGUGCUUGAUAAUGCACGCUUGCACACUCCUUCGUACGACUGCCCUCGUCGCUCCAUACGUCGAUCGUGUUUUAUGACAGGGAAUUGAAUGCGACACAUGUAUGCACUUUUGGUCGUAUUUGUACUAAUC